CGCUCUAGCUCUUCGGCCUUCCUCUCUUACACACUCUCCUUCCUGCCUUCCCUCCACCAGAAAUAAAAGAAUAAAAUCAAAAAAAAAAAAAAAAAACGCGGGGGGAAGGAGAAGUUGACGGAACUGACCCUAACAGCUCCAUUCAUUCCACGCCCCUUCCGUGUCCUCAUCUCGUAAAUAACAUACCAUUUUCAGGCAAUUUGACGGAGAAACCAUCAAACCUCCCUCUCUCCUAAAAAUAAAAUAAAAUAAUAAAAAAUAAAAAAUAAAAAACCAACCUUCUUCACACUGAAAUCUUCUUCUCCUUUCAUUUCCUUCUCAUACUCGAUCGCUCUUCUUUCUCGCCGGCACGCACCCGAUCUCGUUCCCUCUCCAUCGUCUAAUUCAUCUCUGUCGGGAUCCAGCUCGCACGUGUACGGUUGAGAUCGGUCGAGAUCUCUCUCUUCCCCUCAAAUUCAGACAUUUUCUCCUUUUUUAUUUUCUUGGAGGGGGCGGUUUUUAUUUGGAAUGUGGAAGGAUACAGGAGCGCCUACGGAUUCUUUCUAUGAAGUCCGGCCAGAAUGCACCGACGUUCCGAAGACUCGUUUCAAGAUCAAGGCUGGAAAAACUCUAAGUGAACGGAAGUGGCAGGCUGCGUUUACUCCAGAAGGUUGCUUGGAUAUAUCCAAGACACUUGGCAGAAUCCAGCGUGGGGGUAUACAUCCAUCAAUCAGAGGAGAAGUUUGGGAGUUUCUUCUUGGUUGUUUUGAUCCUAAGAGCACCUUUGAAGAGCGAGAUCAGCUGCGACAACGCCGAAGGGAGCAAUAUGCUAUAUGGAAACAAGAAUGCAGGGACAUGGACCCUGUUGUUGGUAGUGGCAGGAUUAUCACAGCGCCCAUAAUCACUGAGGAUGGUGUGCCCAUUCAAGAUCCUUUGGUACUUCUAGAAGCUAAUCGAAACAAGGACGAUGGUAGCACUGAGGACUCGCAGCAUUCUGAUGGAAAUGGAUUGCAAGAAACUGCUUCAAAUGAUUUAGGUCCAAAUUCUGCUAAUGUUGCGGAAAGGUUGACAGACAAGAAAAUAAUCCAGUGGAAGCUUACCCUACAUCAAAUAGGUCUUGAUGUGCUUCGGACUGACAGAACAUUGGUGUUCUAUGAGAAGCAAGAAAAUCUGUCAAAGCUUUGGGACAUUCUUGCAGUUUAUGCGUGGCUUGAUAAAGAUGUUGGCUACUGUCAAGGAAUGAGCGAUCUUUGUUCCCCUAUGAUAAUCCUUCUUGAUGAUGAAGGAGAUGCAUUUUGGUGCUUCGAGCGCUUGAUGCGCAGAUUGCGAGGAAAUUUCAGAUGCACAGAGAGUUCAGUUGGGGUGGAGAGUCAACUUAACAGUCUUGCAUCAAUUACUCAAGUUCUUGACCCGAAGCUUCAUCAACACUUAGAGACCCUUGGUGGAGGAGACUAUUUAUUUGCAUUCCGUAUGCUCAUGGUGUUGUUCCGCCGAGAGUUUUCAUUCGGAGAUUCAUUAUACCUUUGGGAGAUGAUGUGGGCCUUAGAAUAUGACCCCGACAUCUUUGCCAUGUAUGAAGAGACCGAAACACUCUCUGAAAGAAACGAGGGAUCCAAAGGUAAAGUGAAGUCGACACGCCAAUGUGGGAAAUUUGAGAGGGAGAAUUUGAGGAAUGGAGGAAAUAAUCCAGAAGGCAACCUCCCUAUUUCAGUUUUUCUUGUGGCCAGUGUCCUCAAGGACAAGAGCUCAAAGCUCUUGCAGGAAGCACGGGGACUUGAUGAUGUUGUAAAGAUAUUGAAUGAUAUAACUGGAAAUCUUGAUGCAAAAAAGGCUUGCAGUGGUGCGAUAAAGCUUCAUAAGAAAUAUCUAAAAAAGGCCAAGAAGACGUAGUUCUUGAAUCAAAACGUUAUUCCAUUAUACGGACAAAGUUCACUGGAUAUUCAACGGAAUAAUAUGGGGUUUACUUGCUCAACAAUGUCGCCUGGAUUGCUUUCAUAUACUUGAUUUUGACAUGCCUUCACGUUGGUAUUCUCUACUAAAACAAAUUCCUGGCUCAGCGGAAGGAUUCCUUUUAGGGGUUUCAGCACUGCUGGCAACCAGCAAUGUAUGUGAGAUUUGUGUGUUACAGGGUUCUAUGUUCUUCUCCAUCAUAGCAUACCCACGAAUUUGUAAGUGUAAUCGUAUUACCUUGUAUGGUUGUCUAUUAUGAUUGAAAUACAGAGAAGGUCGCCUGAUUGGUAGCUUCUUUCACAAUUCAUAUUUAAUAAAAAUUAUCCAAAUUUUCUUUUA